GUCCUCCUUUAUAUUCAUGUUCUAACUUAAUGCUGAUCUGUAGGUAACGCUAGGGCUGCAUGUUUGACAAAUACUGUCCUCAAUAUGGGCACGGGUGUUGAGGAUGAAGACCACUUGUUUGCUUCUAGCCCUUUUUCUAAUUCUAUCUGAAAGGGCCUUUUGCUUAAGAUGGGUUAUGGGAGAGAUUGCUUUGACACUUGGGAUGUUGAGCUAAAAUGGUGUCAGGAUGAAUUCAAAGGAGAUGGGGCUGUGGCUACAAUUAGAAAGCUCUAUAGCUAUGUAUAUCACAUAUGGAAAGAAAGAAAUAGAAGGGUUUUCUCUUCUCAGAGCUUGAGUGUUGAUGGGGUUAGCCACAUUAUUGUUACUGAUGUCAGGUUGAGAUGUAUAGCUUCAAAGCUCUCUGAACCGGAUAAACCUCAUACUAGAAGACAGUUGGAUGCUUGGGGUAUUGACUAUGUUUAUAAAGAUAAAAAGGUGGUGGCUUGCUCUUGGCUUUUUCCUAGUGAGAAUGAAGUUAUGGUAAAUAUUGAUGGGGCAAUUAAAGAUGCCUAUGCUGGCAGUGGUGCUAUUAUAAGUGAUCAUAUGGGUACUCCUCUUGCAGCUGCUUGUGGCGGUGUUGUGCCUACUACUGUUGUGGCUCAUGAAUGCAGAGAGUUGAGUUAGGUUUGAAAUUGGCAAAUUUUAAGCGCUACAGAAGAAUUCAUAUUAGUACUGGUUCCAUCAUUGUUUUUCAUCUUCUUUCUGAUAAGAAUGUUGUUCCUGAUUGGAGUGUAAGGCACAUACGGAGAAGGAUUGUUCUCUUGAGGAAGCUGUUUAAAACAGUUAGGUGCUCUCAUGUGUAUAAAGAGACAAAUAGGGAAGCUGACUAUCUUGCUGAUAUUCAUCCUACUGGAUGUUUUGUUGAAGUAGAUCUGGGUAGUUUUGACAGUAGGCUGCGGAAAAUUACUGAGGAGGAUGGUAGCCGUAAGGUCUACUGUAGAUAGUAGUUUCUUUUUUGGGUUUUGUUGUUUUUUCCAUUUUGUUUAGUUUGUAAGGUUAUGGUUUCCCCUUAAACCCAGCUGUG